AUGUUGGGUUCUCCUCCGCCUUCUGUGUCUCCUGAUGAUCCAUACGUCUGCCACAGUGAGUCAUCUGUACCAGACAUUUUUACAGAAGAAGAACUGAACGAUCUUGUUCAUGAUCUAGAGCUGUCCAAGGCCAAAGAGGAGUUACUGGAAUCAAGACUUCAACAAUGGAAUCUUCUUAAGGAAAGUGUCUGGGUGACUUCAUUUCAUGCCUGUCAUGAGCAGUUUGCACCUUACUUCAGAAAGAAAGGUGACUUUGUGUUCUGCUACAAUGUAGAUGGCCUGAUGAAUGUCCCCGGAAUCACACAUAACUAG